UGGCUGCGAGAGGAACCAUAAAACUACAGUUCCCAGAAUGCGCUGCGUUCCUUUCCUUUGGAUUGCAAGAUGGCGGCGCUGGGCCAAAUUGGUGCGUUUCUGAAAAAUGCAUGGGCAAAGGAGCCUGUGAUUGUGGUAUCUUGCGGCAUUGGUAUUUUAGGUAUGACACUACCCUGGAUCAGCCCUUACACAAAAUACAGUGGCAUGGCCAACCGAGCUGUACCAUAUGUGUAUCCAGUUCCAGUUCGAGAUGAUGGCAACAUGCCAGAUAUUCCCUCUCACCCCUGUGAUAAGGAAGGUCCAAGCCUCGAAUGGCUGAAGAAGCUCUGAGAAUGAAGAGCACAACAAGCUACCACUGAAGGCACUCUGCACGCCACACUGCAAUCCACCCUUUCUUGUAUAUGUACUUUGAGGAUGUAAUAAAUGUGUUGCUAAGUUAAAA